ACAACAACAACAACAGCUUCUUCAUCACAACAGCCUUACAGCUUCUACAACACUCUUCUCCUACAUCUACUCCACUUCACUCAACUUCACUUCCAAACAACAACAACCACCCAACCACCAAAAUGCAGUUCACCACCACCUUCGCCGCUGCCAUCCUGGCCCUCAGCACCUCCGUGUCUGCUCUCCCCAACCCCACCCCUCAAAUCACGCUCCGCAUUUUCAACGACCGCACGGGCGCCAGCGCCGACACCACGGUCCCCGCCGACGGCCUUCCCUACAGCAUCUCAGCGCGCUUCGCCAACAGCGCGAUUGACAGCGGCAACGGCAACAUCCUGGGUACUUCGGCGCAGCUCACCGUCUUCCAAGACACGACCAAGUGCAAGCUUGUCAACGUCAAUGUCGCCGGCUGGGUCAUUGAGCUCGAUGGCCGCGCAAAGAACUUUGUUAACCUCGACGACGAUAUCACCAAGCCCAUUCCUACCUGGCUCAAUGGAUUCCAGUUCCAGUGCGACAAGGCUUAAGUCCGCUGUCUCUCUCUCUCUCUCUCUCGCUAUCUCAUUGCGAUAGCCUUUUUUUUUCAACGAUUGCAUGGCCGGCGGAGUAAUGCAUAGAUAUAGACACGGGUGAGGGGUAAAUUUCGAGGGGGGGCUUUCUUAUUCAAUCACUUAUAUAUAUUUUGAGUUUUCGGGGUUUUUUUCUUGGUGGAGGUAAUGAAGAGGAGGAAGAUGGGUAGUGGGAUUGAGCAUGGUGGCGCGGUUGAUUCUUUUGCUUUUGAGGGUUUUUUUUGGAGUUUUUGUUUUGCAACUUUAGACACUCUUUUACACUUUGAACAUAGAUACUAGACUAGAAAAUAGAUGCGCUUCAUUCGCAAUGCUUUCUG